AUGAGAUCCUCUAUGUCUCGGCAGACCUACUCCACCAAAGGAGGCUUCAGCUCCAACUCGGCUAGCGGAGGGGGUGGUCGCCGCACCCAUACCAACUUCAGCUCGGUGACCAUGUCCCGGAGUGGUGGCAGUGGUGGUGGGGCCAGCUGCGGCCCCAGCAUGGGUAGCUUUGGCAGCCGGAGUCUCUAUAAUGUUGGAGACCACAGAAGCAUCUCUGUCAGUGUGGCCCGUGGGGCUUCCUCGGGUCGGGCUCUGGGAGGCUUAGGCUUGGGUAGUGGGGCUUAUGUGGGUCUGGGGGCUGGAAGACAGACAUUUGGUCCUGCCUGUCCUCCUGGGGGUAUCCAGGAGGUCACCAUCAACCAGAGCCUGCUGACUCCCCUCAACGUAGAGAUAGACCCCGAGAUCCAGAGAGUGCGCACCCAAGAACGCGAGCAGAUCAAGAUACUCAACAACAAGUUCGCCUCCUUCAUAGACAAGGUGCGGUUCCUGGAGCAGCAGAACAAGGUGCUGGAGACCAAGUGGGCACUGCUGCAGGAGCAGGGCCAGAACAUGGGGGUCACCAAGAACAAUCUGGAUCCCCUCUUUGAGACCUAUGUGGUCAGCCUGCGGCGGCAGCUGGACAGCUUGCAGGGAGAGCGGGGAAGGCUGGACUCGGAGCUGAGGAACGUGCAGGACGUCCUGGAGGACUUCAAGAACAAGUACGAGGAUGAAAUCAACAAGCGUACUGCUGGGGAGAACGAGUUUGUGGUGCUCAAGAAGGAUGUAGAUGCAGCAUACAUGACUCGAAUGGAUUUGGAUGGCAAAGUGAACACCUUCCUUCAGGAGAUUGAUUUCCUGCGGAAUCUCUAUGAAAUGGAGCUGAGCCAAGUACAGACCCAUGUGUCGGAUACCAACGUGGUCCUGUCUAUGGAUAACAAUCGUAACCUGGAUCUGGACAGCAUCAUCGCAGAGGUCCGUGCCCAGUAUGAGCUGAUUGCCCAGAGAAGCCGAGCAGAGGCUGAGUCCUGGUAUCAGACCAAGUAUGAGGAGUUGCAGGUGACAGCUGGGAAGCAUGGGGACAACCUGCGGGACACCAAGAACGAGAUUUCGGAGCUCACCCGCACCAUCCAGAGGCUGCAGGGGGAAGUGGAUGCAGCCAAGAAGCAGUGUCAGCAGCUGCAGACAGCCAUUGGGGAAGCAGAGCAGCGUGGGGAGCUAGCGCUUCAGGAUGCUAAGAAGAAGCUUGUGGAUCUGGACACAGCCCUGCACCAGGCCAAGGAGGACCUGGCCCGGCUGCUGCGGGACUACCAGGCCCUGAUGAACGUGAAGCUGGCCCUGGAUGUGGAGAUUGCUACCUACCGCAAGCUGCUGGAGAGCGAGGAGAGCAGGAUGUCUGGCGAGUGUCCCAGUGCAGUGAGCAUCUCGGUGACUGGCAACUCCACCACCGUGAGCGGAGGCGUCUCCACAGGCUAUGGAGGUGGCAUUACCCUGGCAGGCAGCAGGGGGGCCUGCAAAGGUGGAUUCAGCUCCAGCAUGGGUUACAGCACGGCCAAAGGUGGGGCAGCCUCAGGGGGCACAUCUAUCCUGCGGAAGACCACCACGGUCAAGACAUCCAGUCGGAGAUACUAG